CAUACAUUACAUUUUAUAUUCACGCUGUAAAAAGUUUUAGUAGUUAGAAAAAGAAACAAAUUACCUCAUAAUUCUGUUAAUAACACCAAACUCUAACCGUGUCUGCCCCUGGUAAAGCUUGCUUUAAGUCAAUUACUGCAGUGUGCUGGCUGUGCAUCAUAGAUGGAGAUUACAGCGAUAAGACUUUAAUGCCCUCAGACACCUUCUCCUCCAGCUCCACCUCAACCUCCGGUGUCUCCUCCAUCAGACGCUCAUCUCGGCUCAUCCACUCUUUCUCUGGACUCUUGAAAAGACGCAGUGACCCAUUGCCCUGCUGCCAUGAAGACUGCUCUGGCUCUGCUGCUGCUCAUCUCUCUGGCCUGCCACGGCCAUGCUCUCAAAUGUCACACAUGCGUGGCGUCCAAUGAGGAAGACUGCAACCGUCAGGGCUCCACCCCCUGUCCUCAGUAUGCUGAUGCCUGCUCCACCAUCACAGGGCCCAACACGGUUAUGAAGUCGUGCACAUACAAGGCCUUCUGUGAGAAGGCUAACAGCGGCACCUCCGGAGCCAAGAUGCAUUGCUGCUUUGGCGAUGACUGUAACGGGCCCCACAAGAGUCACAGCCACGGUGGUCAUCCCAACAGCACAGGGGCAAUUUCUUCCAGCCCAGUCCUGCUGAUCACAGCCCUGCUGCUGCGUAUGGCCUUGAGUCAGCUGUAAAUUCCUCCACCUCCUCCUCCCUUUUUUUGUUUUGUUUUCCUUCCAGUGAUUCAUCACCUCCUCUUUAUCUGUUUUAUUUUUAAGUUCAAAAAAGGGAUUUGAGUUGCAGAGAGUUUCAUGUGGUUUGAGACAAAUAUCGUCUUUCGACGAGGGUUUCUGACGGCUGUGGUGGAAGGGAGUGUGGUCUGUUCUGCAGGUACAAGCUGCUUUAAAGCAGCUUCCUUUGUCUAAGUUAUCAUCCUCUCAAACAGUAACCUCGUUCUCUGUAGCAGCUUGUUGAAUUUAAGAGGAUUUUAACCUGGGGAGUGUUUGUGGUGAAUAAAUGUGUACAAAGUUAAGAACAGCUCACAGCUCUGAUGCACCCGGGGGGGACUCGAGUGUGGUUUUGGUAACUAAGUGCUGGGGUGCCUCACUAGUUUAGUGCACAGCUAGCUUGCUUCGUACCAUAGAACCACAAAACGAAUCUCUUUCGCACGGUAAUCUGAAACUGAUUUAAAAGGUUUGAAAUUGUCUGUGAUGAUGCUUUGUUAUUUUAUCUGUAUGGAAGCUUGUCUGAAUAAAGACCUAAUCACACCCUCGUUUCGUGUGUGGGUGCAGUGCAUGGUAAACUGUGGCUAAGGUACCCUUGGUGUGGCAUUUGACACACUGCUCCUCACUAAAUUUGUUUUUGUUAAUGUGUCUGAUGUAAAAGCACACCUUGGGCGUCUUCUGUACAGUAAAGGAAACAUUCAGUCUGUGAUUUUCAGCAGUAACAGAAGGGUCUGCUGAAACUUCAAAGCUUCCUUUUGCAACACUGUAAGUUAAUUUCUGUGCAGUCGCCACAGGAUAUGAAAUCAGUGAGGUAGGUCUCCGUCCUGAGGCAGGUCAUAUGACGUGCAACCACUUCCUCUUAACAGGAGGACACAAUUUUGCAGAAAGCAAGAAAAGUGAACACAGAAUCCCUCCUGUGAAUGUAGAUAUUUGUUAUUUCAGCACUUACAAAGGUGUCAUGCUCAGAUCCAGCAGAGACUUUACAUGUGUGAAAACCUUAAAACCAGAAUCUUGACUAAACUUACAGUGAGGUGUUGAAACUGAGAGGUCAGGUCAGUUCAUCUUUUAAGCCCUCUUUUUUUUUUUUAUCACUUAAGAGUUUUAGACCUCAAACUGUGGUCACUUUUGUGUAAAGGUGGAAUAAAGCAGGCUUUAAGCAUUU